AUGUCAUCAUCGAAAUCCAAAUCUAAGCAUCAAGAAGAAGACCUCAAAGCCAAACGUAAAGCCUACUUAUCAAAAGCUGAUCCAUCCACAAUCGAACAACUGGUAGAUUCGGACCAUCUGGGAAGAGAGCAGUUCAGAGAAGGUGAAUGGAGACCUUCAUGGGCUAAUGUCGAAUUUGAUGAAGAUGCAUGUUUGCAAAAUGUAAUGUUCGUACCUGCAGAUGGUUUUUACGUUCCUGCAGGAAGUAUUUUACCUCUUGGUGCCCAAAUGCCUGAGAUGACUGUACUUCAAUAUGGAGGGUACUUCCCGGAAGGCACUUCGUUCCCAGGUGGAGUGAUGGUUCCCAUGCAUGCCAGGAUGGUCAACAUCUUACCUGAGCAAACUAUCAAACCCACUGUUCCGAUCGCUUCAGAAUCGAUGUGCUCCAUUCAAUAG